AUGGAGCUGCCGGAGGAGGUGGAGUUGAGGUGGCUCGCGCUCCUGCCCUGGACAGACCUCGUGCGCGCUGGCCUCGUGUGCACCCGCUGGCACCGCCUUGCCAACGAUGCGAGCUUGUGGGAGGCGGCCUUCGUGCGCGAGUUUGGACCCGAGGCAGCAGAUGCCGGCCUGGAAAGGCUGUGGGAGGGCGCACCGGUUGAGCUUCCCGUAUGGUUCAACAAAAUGACAUGGCGGGCCCGCCCUUCGCGCACCGAAGGCAAGGCGUUCAGGGAGUACCCCGAGUAUGACCAUUCAGCGAUCCUUGUCAACAAGGAGCCGUGGGAUCCAGCCGAGGCGCCGCCGGCCCAGCAGCAGGCCGACAAUAACGGCGUACCAGAGUCGACGGCGACGGGCGACGACGGCCACCCCAAUAAUUGGUGGCAGGCCAUUUUCCUGCGGCACUACGUGCUGCGGCACCGGUGGCUCCACGGGUGCGACCCGCAGCAGCCGAGCGCGGAGAGGCCACCGCAGGUCGAGGUCAUGCGCAUUGUGGUGUGCGGAAUGGAGGCGAGCGGAAAGAGCAGCUUCUUGCGCGCCCUUGCACCCGACCAGCACGUGGAAGACAAGGGCAUCAACGUGGUGGUGCUUAACGACGUAAGCAAAGAUGACACGGUGGUUCUGCUGGAAAUGCGGCGCCCGAGGGGGUGGCAUGGGCAGAUCUUCAAUGGCGCGGGCACAGUGGCGGGUGUGAUGUUCGUCAUUGACUCAUCCGACUUCGCUCCUUUCCUCUAUGGGCAAACCGGUAACGAGAGCGCGUACCAGCGGAUGGAAGCCAUCUACCGGUGCUUCCACGGCAUCACCGGCGAGGCCUGCCGCCGGCGCCUGAACGCCGUCGUGUGCGCGCACAAGAUCGACCUCGCCAGCGAGGCUGACAAGGAGGAACUGCGUGAUACGGUUGACCGCAAGCUGCGCGUUACUGCGCUCGAGACCUGCACGUGGUAUUACCGCGCUCGUGCGUCGACUGUCGCCACGUCGGCCACCACUGACCGAGCCGCUUGUCUCGCUGCCCUCCACCAGUGCCUCUCUACAUUCAUGACCUGA